AUGUCUGGACCGACGGGCGGCGCGAGCGGGGAGGGCGUUGGCACUGCCCGCGACCGCUGCGUCAGAUUCCUUGAAGACCUGCUGCGCGCAGAGCUUUCCAGCCAGGCGCCAGACGUGGCACGCGUGUCCAUCGCGCUUGGCCUCGUGGAGCUGCCCCUCACGUUGAAGAACGUUGAGCAGCCCACUUGGCCCAUCAACUUGGAGGAGGAAGUGAGCCAACAUGUGGCUGUGUUCAUGGAUUUCGUUGAAUGCACCAGCAAGAAAAUAGGGGCAAGUCAUACAGCUAUUCGGACUCCCAGGGACAAAGUUACCCUGGUUGCCAACUCAGUCUGGGAACGGCUGACACGCGGCUUCAGGAAGGACAUAAUCCAUGCACAGCAUGUGAGCUGCUUCACAUCAUACAUCUUGAAUAGUUCCCGGGGAAACAGGCUGCUGGAUUGUGCGGGAAUUGUCACAACCGUGCUUGCAGCCUGCAAUUAUCUUGCCAAUCGCUUUGGACACGAUGACCUCAAAGAUAUAGUCAUGCAGAUCUGCGAGGACCAUUGCUUGCUGAACCUAUCGCCUUUUGGGGAUAGGGAAGGCAGUGUCGAGGUGUCCACUGACAACAAACAUAAGAGGGGGGCAGCAGUGGAAGGCGAUGCUUGGUCAGGGUGGCUGUACAAUGGUGGCCACCCAGUUGUGUGCACACCUCAGAGAGCCAUCGUGGCUGCGCUGACAUCCAUGAAUGCAGCAAUAGACAAUCGACCAGUCACUGGGACCGACUCGGAAGAGGUCCAAGCCAUUCAACACCGGCUGCUUUCUGUUGUGCAAGACGAAUUUCGUCAGCUCAUGUACCCGAAUUCCUUAUGCACAUUGGCAGACCUCAAGGAGAUUGCUUGGAUGGACGACCUGGAAGGAGCGGCUUUGGCAAACGAUGUGAUGAAACUGGAGACGUCCUUGCAUCAAGGCGAUUCCGACAUUGUGGGUCUUUUCGACGAGGCCAUCAGUCUUUCAGCGCAGGAGGGCAGCGGGUCAGGGCGGCUUUGGUACCCCUACUCGUACCUGUUUGGGUACCUGACCCGUAGUGCGGCAUUCUUUCGCGACAAGGCGGCUCCCCUUUGUGGAAGCAAGGUUGAGGACGCGGUGGUCGCAAAAUUGAAACGCGCGUGGAAGCUCCUUGGGUCCGAUGCUGGCAGCGCGGUGCUAAGGCAAUACAAGUAUACUGGGGACGAUAAGCAACUGCACAAAGACAUCGAAGAUGUUCUGCAAGUCUGUUUAGACUCCAUGAAACUUUGGAGGAAGGCAGGAACGUUGCAUGAUUUCGGGAGCGAUCACAGGUGGCUGACAAGCGUCCUGGAGCUUUGGGAUGGCAUUUGCUGUUUAUACUCGACUCGUGCAAAGCCCUGGGUGGACAAACUCAUGCAAUUUGCGCGCCUAUUCAACGAGGACACACGGCAUACGAGUGCGUGUGUUGCAAACGCCAAGUUUUUCAGCAAGAGUAUGGACGAUCAUCGGCACUUGUGGGGCCCAUUGAAGCCUGAGAGUAUUCAAGGCACCUUUGGGAUGGCCGAGGUUGUCGCCGUCGGCGAAGGCCACCGGCAGCGACCGCCGACCACUAGCGGCGAAGGCGACGACCAUCGGCGGCGGAAGCGAAGGCGUUCCUGA